AUGCCCCUUCAUGUGGAGCCUCUUUGAGCCCAGAGACAGGAAGACGUGACACUCAAGACCAGAAGAGACAUGGCAGAGACACAGCAACAGCACAGGAAGCAGAACCAAGAGGACAAGACAUCCUGGUGCAUUUCCAGGCCCCUGGAGUGAGGAAUCUGAGUGUGGUAGAGCAGGAGGCUUGCUGGCAGGGUUUGCAGGCUGACUUGACCCCUUGACUACUGAUCGGAGAAGUCAAAAUGAAUAACUCAACAAACUCCUCUAGCAGUGGCCUGGCUCUGACCAGCCCUUAUAAGACCUUUGAAGUGGUCUUUAUUGUCCUGGUGGCUGGAUCCCUCAGCUUGGUGACCAUCAUUGGGAACAUCCUGGUCAUGGUCUCCAUCAAAGUCAACCGCCACCUGCAAACCGUCAACAACUACUUCUUGUUCAGCUUGGCCUGUGCUGACCUUAUCAUAGGCGUUUUCUCCAUGAACUUGUACACCCUUUACACUGUGAUUGGCUACUGGCCUUUGGGGCCUGUGGUAUGCGACCUCUGGCUAGCCCUGGACUAUGUGGUCAGCAAUGCCUCCGUUAUGAACCUGCUCAUCAUCAGCUUCGACAGGUACUUCUGCGUCACCAAGCCUCUGACCUACCCCGUCAAGCGGACCACGAAAAUGGCAGGGAUGAUGAUUGCUGCUGCCUGGGUCCUCUCCUUCAUCCUGUGGGCCCCAGCCAUCCUCUUCUGGCAGUUCAUCGUAGGGGUGAGAACUGUGAAGGACGGCGAAUGCUACAUCCAGUUUUUUUCCAAUGCCGCCGUCACCUUUGGCACGGCCAUCGCAGCCUUCUACCUGCCAGUGAUCAUCAUGACGGUGCUGUACUGGCACAUCUCCCGAGCCAGCAAGAGCAGGAUAAAGAAGGACAAGAAAGAGCCCGUGGCCAACCAAGAUCCAGUUUCUCCAAGCCUGGUGCAGGGGAGAAUAGUGAAGGCAACCAACAACAACACGCCCAAUAGUGGCGGUGGCCUGGAGCCUAGCAAAAUCCAGAACGGCAAACCUUCUCGAGAGGCUGUGACCGAAAACUGUGUCCAGGGGGAGGAAAAGGAGAGCUCCAAUGACUCCACCUCCGUCAGUGCCAUCGCCUCGAACAUGAGAGAUGACGAAAUCACGCAGGACGAGAACACCAUCUCCACCUCCGCAGGCUACUCCAAAGACGAGAACACAAAGCACGCGUGCACCAAAAGUAGCACCAAGACCCCCAAAAGUGAUGCUCAUGCCAACGUGGAGCUAGUUGGCUCCACGGGUCCGAAUGGGGAGGAAAAGCAGAACAUUGUAGCACGCAAGAUUGUGAAGAUGACCAAGCAGCCGGCCAAAAAGAAGCCUCCUCCUUCUCGGGAAAAGAAAGUGACCAGGACAAUCUUGGCCAUUCUGUUGGCUUUCAUCAUCACCUGGGCCCCAUACAACGUCAUGGUGCUCAUCAACACCUUCUGUGCACCCUGCAUCCCCAACACGGUGUGGACAAUUGGCUACUGGCUCUGUUACAUCAACAGCACGAUCAACCCCGCCUGCUACGCUCUUUGUAACGCCACCUUCAAGAAGACCUUCAAACACCUUCUCAUGUGUCACUACAAGAACAUAGGUGCCACCAGGUAAACCCUAUUGGAAACGAAGGGAGGUGGCCAAUGGGAGCUUGCAAAGAAGGAAAGGGAGACAGCUCCCAAAAGGUGAAACAUUUCGGCCGUUGCCCUUCAGUGUUACCACAGAAUGGGCCAUGAGGGAGCCCAGCAAUGACCCUUUAUCAUGCCUCGGCUCUAGAUGGAAACAUCUGCACCCGAUGAACCUUGUCAUUGUAGAAGCAACGAGAGAAGGAAAGAGGCGCUUUGCUAUUGUAGAUAGAAGGGACAAUCUAUGCUUUCUCGUAUUCUCUUGAAGAAGGGCUUCUGGAUCUACAAUUUUAUCCAUCUCUGGCCAGAGGGAAAACGUUUUGUUUUGUUUUGUUUUGUCGCCCGUUUUUAUUUGGCGGUGCUUCCGUGUGUCCACCUGAGGAUGUAAAGUCACCAGGACAAGCUGCCCGAGAGACUUCAAUCAUAAAGAGUUAGUGACUAGAGAUUGGGGAGGUGACUAAGAAAAAGAAACACUGUGCCCCGCUGGCCUCCUGAGGUUAUUUCUACAUUAUCAUUGUCCGUCUUAUUCAGAGGAUUACAAUAGUAUAAAUGCCCUUUUUUAAAAAAACAAAACCUUUUCCUUUUCUCUCUUUAAAAAGGAAACCAACAAACACGAGAUUACAGCAUCCUUCCCUAUUAAUAUUAUGUUGUGUAAGUCCUUGUUCUACAUUAUCUAUGUGAACAUACUGUGGGACUAUAGCUGAAUCCAGCCCGGCACAGACCUGAAGAUAGGCAUGUCACACCUGCCACUGUGGUGUCUGCAUUCUUUGGGGUACAAAAAACCAAUAAGGAUUUAGUUCACUUUUGAAUCUGUAUGUACAGUAGUCUCACCGAUCUAUUUUUCUCCUAAACUAACCUUUCAUUUCCACAGCCUAGUCCACCUAAACCACGAAGAUGCUUCAGAAACCAAAGCCAUUUGUAAAAUUGAAGAUUUACCUAAUUCAACCCUGGUCAAUCUAGUUGGACAAAGUCUACUGAGACCAGAUGAAUUUUGAGAUGGGGGAAUUGAGGGUCAGGAGGAUGCUCUGUUUCGACCUGAAGCUUCAUGACCCUUGCACAAAAGGGUAUCUUGUAAAACAUGAACUCCUGGUCUUUGACAGCACAAAGAGGGUAUGGCAUUAUUCACUGGGACUCUUAAACCAGAUUGCAAACCCAAGUGGUUCUGAUGACUUCUGGGGCUAUCCGAAGAAGAGAAGACCAUUUUGUCAAUGCCUUGCAAAGAAUGCCACAUAAUUUAUCCAGUCAAUGAGCUUGUCAAACUUCACCCGAGGACUCAGUCGAGGGGGUGGAGCUAAGACUCACUUUAAGACAGCGACUGAAACCACGUGUUCCGUAUUCCUCAAAUUGUCAAUUCUCUUUAAUAUUAUUUAGCUUCAAAAUUCUCCUAUCAAUAGAAUUAUAGUCAGAUCUCAGAGACAAAUGUUAUAGUGGGUAACAAAAGAGGCCAUGAGAGCUCAGCAGAAUCUAAAUGAAGAAUGUAGGUGGCUGUACCUGUACCAUUCUUCACCAUCCCCUGAGGCUGUCAAACAAGGUCUGAAACUAUUACCCCAAUGUUGGCUUUAGAGACAAUCUUGGCAACGUAAAGAUUUUGGAAUGGCAAUCUGAAUAAGUAGAGGAUUACGUUGACUCACAUCAACCAUGUCCAGCCCUCAUCUUCCUAUCUUAUCUCUUAUCAUAUUAUUUAUAUUAUUCCAACCAAAUGUGCUGACGAUAGCCCAAUCCAUCAACAACAGAUUUAUAAAUGCCUUUUUUUUUAUAUUGCAGACUUUUGCACUUUAGAUUAAUGGACUCACUCUAUCCUUUUCAGUUACACCGAUGUGAGUUGCAUGAGAAGUUGGUACCAUUAGCCCUUAACACGUGAUACAAUUAUUUUGUAUGAUUUGACUCAUUGGUGACAGCUCAACAAAUUAGCAUUUUUUGUCAUUUUAAAAUCAUAACAGAAACAACAACAACAACAAAUUGCCAACACGAUCUGUCCUUAACUCACUCUUUGUAGAAAUACUUUGUUUAAAUCACUUCAGCCUACAGAAUUGGUUCAGGUGGAUUAUUUUAUACUACACUGAGUUAAGGGCCAUUUUUCCCAAUCUUAAAUCUGCAUUUCGUUUUAUCUGGUUUCUGUAAAUCAACUCAUCGAUUCAACAUCACGAACAGUGCGGGGUGGUUUGGUUUCUGUAAGCAACACUGCCGUGUGACCUGUUGUACUGUGUGCUCGUUACCUGUCCUAGAUUGAUGUCGAUUCCACUUUGGUUUAGACGAGCCCUUUGGAUGUAGGUCCUCUGGAUUGGGGCUUUUCUUGUGUUUUCUCUCAUCACCCAACUCCCUCAGGGAGCAAAUGCCCUUUCACUUGUCAUUGCCGCUGCACCCUUUCUGUCCUUCAUCUGUUCUUGAUCUUCACCCCCAGGAAGGAAAACCAUCCAGGGUUCAAGAGAGGAACUAAAGAGAGAUUGAUACACCAUGGGAAUGUGGUCAACUGUUAUCAGGAAACCAGAAAGGACUGUGAAAUAGUAGAUGUUUGGAAAGGACUGGGUGCUGUGUAGAAAGAUUUUUCAUAAACUGUUGCGGGGGCAGCUAUGCCAAUGGUUCUGAACGAGAUACUAUCUUGUCCCCCAUGGUGGGGGUGAGGGGCAUUUUGAAAUGUGUGGGGACAUUUUGACUUUUCACAACUGGGAAACAGAUAGGAGUGUUGGCAACAAUCGGUAAAUGCAAAGGAUGCUGCUAAGGGACCUACAGUGUGCAAGUCUGUACCACCCCACCCCCAGCUAUCACUUUAUCAGGCUCACUGUCAAAAGCAGUGAGGUUCAGAAACCUUGGUCUGUUUUAAGGGUUUUCUGGAGCUUGCCUCCCCCACAUGUGGGGAAAUAAUCCUUCAUCACUAUCAGAAUACCAAUUCAAAUAGUGUAAUCCUUGGAAAAGGGAUUGCUCACCAAUUGUGUGUCAGAAACACUAUCACUCGUUGAGUCUGGUGGAUUUGUAGUUCAUAGAUUAGGAACACAGCGCACACACAUCUGUCUGUCCAAACUGUCCAGACCAGCAGCACGUUACUUCCAAUAUCUCAACGAUCAAUUAUAAUGGCUACAGAAUUCAUGCCAUCGACGUUACAGUGGUUGGCCAUUGAAAUGCUUCCACAGGAUAGAUUCAGUUCCUGGGGGAGCUGCGAUAUUGAUAUUUCCCUUUCAAACACAUUAUGAGUCCCUUUCACUAAACGCGAGGAGCAACGUGAUUUUUCCCUUUGUUUUCACUGUAAAGGUGAAUUUUGUUGUUCUCUCCUCGUAGCAAUAAUGUAAAUAUUCCAGAGUGGUGUUACAAGAGGAGGAGAUGAGGAUCCGGAAAGAGAAAGAAGGGCCCUUCCUUCGAUCAGUUCAUCAUCAGUAAACACAUGCCACCUCCUCCAUGUCAGGACAACGUCAGCAACAUAAUGAGUCACACGGGCUGAGCUUUCCCACAGGCUCCUGCACGUGGUCCAUUCCCGAAAGCUCUGCUCCUCAAGAGCUGACAUCAGGAGAAAUGGAGAGUUCAAUGUGACAGCAACAUGCACUUAAAAACAUAUCUCCACUUAUUUUCUCCUGCUUAGUUCCUUGCUAGUUGCCUCCUGCCCCCCUUCCAAGAGUUUAAUGAUAUUCCUUUCAGCAACCCCAGCACUGACUUUGCAAAUAGAUUUAGGACCCCUUCACCCCAAGCUGGAUGACUCUGUGCAAAGUGUAUUUUCAGCAUGUAUACAUCGUACCAUGCCUCUGAAACAUGCUUCUUGUAAGAGGGUGCACGCCGCAGCAUGUCCUGUGUGCCUAUCUAGCGUCUCUUCCUGGAAUAUGCUGUAUGCUUACUAUACAUAGCCUAUAAAUAAAAGUAUUAUGAUGUACAAUAGAAAGACAUAUUUCUGUAUGCAAAUAAAUAUAUUAUACACAAAACAU